GCUUUAGUGUCGCAAAAGUUUGUUGAUAGUACCUGUAUACUUUUGUAGUAUCGUUAGUAAAUGUCAGGAGUUGCAGAAAGAAUUAACUUAAAUAUAAAGCUGGUGUACUUUUGUAUCUGAAACAUGUUACCAGAACAUGAACGAUAUGUUAUCCAGCAGAAAGCCUUAGUUGCGAUGAUGAUGCCGUUUUGGAGACUCAGCUUGUUCGCCCGAGUGACAGUGAAACGAUUGAUUCGUUGAGAAAUGUCAUCUGUGACGGAGCAAAGACCAUAUCUGCGAUCUAGUGGCUCUACCCCUUCACAACAGCUUUAUAGCUACUAGUUCCUCUGUUACAUUUCUCAGCAGAGAUAUCUGAAUGUAUGGUUACCUAUCAUCACUUAGCACCGCGUAAAAAAGUAUCCUACUUUGUCAGUUAGCUAGCAGUUAGCGUUAGCUGUGGGCAUCCGGGAUGUGCAGUUAUCUUGCUGUUUGCAGAACAAACCGUUCAUCUAUUUAGAGAGAGCAAAGAUUAGAUUAAUUUCAGCUAAACGUUAGUAAAUCGAGGCUGGUUGCAGCCUGUUUGUUUACUAAUAUGGAGUCUGACGACGAUGUUCCUCUCAUCUUAACGUGGGAUGAAGCAAACAGCGGUCUGUUCAACGAGGAGACUGAGAGAGGAGAUGAAAAUGGAGGAGGAGGCAAUUAUGACACAGUGAACAACAGUGUGGUCUCAACAUCUGUGCCACAGAACUACAGAGCCCCAAAUGUGUCCUUACGGCAAAGCUGGGAGAUGAACUACCAAGAAGCAGCCAUCUACCUGCAGGAAGGAGAGAACAAUGAUAAAUUUUUCAGCCACCCUCGAAACCCAAAGGCGCUGGCAGCGUACCUGUUUGUCCACAACCACCUGUUCUACAUGAUGGAGCUGGUGACAGGCCUGCUGCUGAUGAUGCUGUCGCUGUGUGAGGCUCCUGCUGUGCCCUCACUGCGCCUGGAUGUUUACGUCCAUGCCACUCUGGAGCUGCUGGCUUUGGUUAUGGUAGCAUUUGAGCUAUGCAUGAAGCUCCGCUGGUUAGGCUUCCACACCUUCAUACGACACAAGAGGACCAUGGUGAAGACGUGCGUGUUGCUGCUACAGUUUGUGGAGGCCAUAGUGGUUUUGGUCAGACAGACGUCUCAUGUGCGAGUGACCAGAGCUCUCAGACCCAUAUUUCUAGUGGACUGUAGAUACUGUGGUGCUGUGCGCAGAAACUUGCGCCAGAUCUUCCAGUCCCUGCCACCUUUUAUUGACAUCCUCAUGCUGCUUCUUUUCUUCAUGGUUAUAUUUGCUAUCUUGGGUUUCUGCCUCUUCUCUCCAAACACUGCUGACCCGUACUUCAACACUCUGGAGAACAGCCUCGUCAGUCUCUUUGUUAUGCUGACCACAGCAAAUUUCCCUGAUGUGAUGAUGCCAGCAUACUCCAAGAACCGCUGGUCCUGUAUCUUCUUCAUUGUUUACCUCUCCAUAGAGCUGUACUUCAUCAUGAACCUGCUCCUGGCAGUGGUGUUUGACACAUUUAAUGAUGUUGAGAAGAUGAAGUUUAAAUCUCUGUUGCUUCACAAACGCUCCGCUAUCGACCACGCCUUUCAGCUGCUAGUCAGCCGACAGAGGCCGAUGGGCAUCUCUUUCAAACAGUUUGAUGGCCUGAUGCGUUUUUAUCGGCCACGUAUGUCUGCAAGAGAAAGCUUCCUCACGUAUUAAGGUCUUAACACCUCAGGGGCUCCUAUGCUCAGUCCACAGGACUUUUAUAACUUCUAUGAGGUCACUGGCCUUAAAUGGAAGGCACGACGCAGUAGAGAACACUGGUUUGAUGACCUUCCACACACGACCUUCCUCAUUUUCAAAGGCAUCAACCUGCUUGUGACGUCAAAGGCCUUCCAAUAUGUCAUGUAUGUUGUGGUGGCCUUCAAUGGUGUGUGGAUCCUCGUGGAGACGUACACGUUGAGCAGUGGAUUUUCCUGGUCCAGAUUUGUUCCCUGGAGUUACAUCGUCUUCCUGACCAUUUAUGGUGUAGAGGUGUUGCUGAAAAUAACAGGUUUGGGGCCAAUGGCUUAUUUCAGCUCUGGGUGGAAUCUGUUUGACUUCUCAGUGACAGUGUUUGCCUUCCUGGGCCUGAUUGCACUUGCCUUCAACAUGGAGCCAUUUUACUUUAUUGUAGUGCUCAGACCACUUCAGCUGCUCCGGUUGUUUAAGAUAAAGCAGAGGUUCCGUAAUGUGCUGGACACCAUGUUUGAGCUCUUCCCCAGGAUGGCCAGUCUGGGCUUGACAUUAAUCAUUUUCUACUACUCCUUUGCAAUUGUGGGAAUGGAGUUCUUUGCAGAUGUGGUUUACCCCAACUGCUGCAAUACCAGCACAGUGGCAGACUCCUACAGACAGAUUAACAUCACAUAUGGCAAUAAAACAGUGCUGGAAGAAGGCUAUUAUUAUCUCAACAACUUCAACAACAUUCUCAGCAGCUUUGUGACGCUGUUUGAAUUGACUGUGGUCAACAACUGGUACAUCACCAUGGAAGGCGUGACCUCUAUGACUAGCCACUGGAGCCGUCUGUAUUUCAUGACCUUUUACAUAGUAACCAUGGUGGUAAUGACCAUCAUUGUGGCUUUCAUUCUGGAUGCAUUUGUGUUCCGCAUGAACUACAGCCGCAAGAACCGGGAGCCACUGGAGAACCCAGAGGAUGAGAAUGGGAUAGUGUUUGAAGUAGAGGUGAGUCGUGAUGAAGCGCUGGCCACCCUGGAACUGCACAAACAGAUGUGUCCGGGAUCAUCCUCCCUCAGCUCUUUACAGGCUGUCAUACAAGCUAUGGACAGGAGUGGACGCACAUCUCUGGUCUACCUAGGUCGCAGGUCUAGAACGAAGAGUGACCUCAGUAUGAAAAUGUAUGAGGAAGAGAUGCAGGAGUGGUAUGCAGAAUAUUCAAGAGAAAACCUGCAUCAAGACCAAAGCAUGGAGCGGGAAAUGGAAAGUCCCGUCUCAGACCCAUUUCCUUUCCCGGAGCCUCAGCUCAACUCACAGACUGGACCUCACAGCAUAAACUAACGCACUUUGCAGGUGUUACCUAACACAUCAUCUCAGCAUUUCCUUAAUGCUUAGAAAACCCUUCACGCCAGGUCUUCUUCAGCUACAUCACACUCGGUUUCCCACUGUGGCAAACCACUCUGGGUACAACUCUUUUCUGGAGCCAUUCCUACAGACAGAGACCAGCAUUACAAGUCUGUUGCUUGGACAGGAGUGUUGCCUUUUUGCAAGACCGCAGCAGACGUUUAAAAGGGAGCAUGUACUACUGCAAUAUGUUGCGUAGUAUAUACUGCUGUAGACCUUUCAUAACUUCAUGUAGUACUUAACCUAUUGCCUUAGUUUAUUGGUUCAUCUGAUGAAUAUUAACACAGACACUACUAAGUUCUUUGAAGACCAAAAGCAUAAACAUUUACACUCCUCUUAGCUCAAAGCAAUUACAGUGUUAUUUGGUAACUACGGAAGAGGGUUCGGGCCAAAAAUUUAAGGUCUGACUUUUUUGUCAGAAUUCUCACUUUAAACUCAAUUUCAGCUUUCUCAGAAAUCAUCUUUAAAGUU